ACAACACGGCUAGUUUUCAGAUGCUGACAGAUAUGGGCCUCAAAAGCAGUUUGUUGUUUCCAAGCCUCGUUACGCUUGACGUUUGUUUCUUUCAACCUAAGGAAUGAUGACAGGUAACGACUUAGGAAUGUGUAUUUUAAUCAUUAGAUAAUAAAAGCAGUCAUUUUGAUUGAGCAGCGUUAGAAGGCGUUGGGAUAAGCGCUCUACAGGCUACAGAAGUGACUGCCUCACAGCCAUAAACAAAAUUAGCCUAUAUUGGUGGGAGAAUUUAUUUCCAAGAAAAACUAAACUAAAUAUGAUCUUAAAACAUGGCGUCUGUAAAAGACUAAAAACUAAAAAGGCAAUUUGUCUACUGUAUUUUUUUUUUUUUUUUUUUUUUUGCGCCACUAGUCGACAAAUGAAUCGCAUCAGUUGCAAAUAAAACAUUUUAUUGUUAAUAUUUAGUGAAAUAAUUUUCUGAAGGGCUCGUUAGUCGCUGGUUUUAGGCGCACAGUUUCCCUCCGUCUCGACGCUUGUCGCCGUGGUUCGCGCUCAAGCGUCUCCCGCCUCGGAUGGCGCUGAAUUUGAACACAAUGUCAGCUCUGCCUAUAAAUACAGACAGCUUGCAGUGUGCUGGAAUCCAACGCGGAGGGACGCUGCGAGGCACGCGGAGCUCCUGAUGCAUUCCUUAAGGGAGCGUUUGGUCACCUUGGCAACCGUAAAGCGUCCUCACGCGGCUGGUUGCUGAACGCCAGAACAGCGCGCUCGCUAACUACCAUGACCGAAGAGCCCGACGAAGAGGUUUUAGACAGUCUCGCGGACAUCGAUCAGCUUUACACAGUGUUUGAUGGGGCGUCGCAAGAAGACGUGGCGCACGCAAAGGUUUUCUGGAGCUCUCUUUCCCUGCAGCCGCCGAUAGAGUCUCGGCUCGUGUCUGCGGACGUCAGGCAGCGGCUGAGAGCCGCGAGGAGCACGCGCUCCACACAUGCCACCGCAAAGCAAGAGUCGUGGUCAAAGAGGGGUGAUGAAAUCCAGCAGGAUGCUUACUUGAAGCAAAAGCAAGAGGAGAGACGGAAAUACAUGGAGAUGGCCGAGAAACGAGAGCAGAUUAUUGCGCUUCUGAAAAAGCAGAGGGACGAGCGAAUUAAGCACUUUUUCCCUAGAGCCUCAGCAUUUCUUGGGGCAGAGGAGGGCAGGGCUUCCUCAACACUUUGAUGACUCUCUGAGGAGCCGCCUGAUGAUUAUGGGCUGGUGGUGCUUUAUCCAGCCCCCCGUGGAGUGUCUUACAAGCCUGAUACAAGCUGCACUGAACUUGUUUUAGUGGUGUUUAUUCAUUUUGGUGGCUGGGAUCAGUUUUAGCUGUAUACAGAGCAACAUUUUUAUGACUAAAACAGUAGUACUAGUACUUACUAGAAGUUUUCAAGUCAAUGCUUUAUAUAUACAUACAUUUCAAAAAUAACUUUGCAAAUAUUUUCACUUAGAUAUUGCUACUAAAUUUCACAAAAAAAGAAACGGCAACAUUAAAUUAUAUGUGAAAUUUUGACGUAGAUGGGCUGUAGUUUUUAACUUACACGAUAAUAUUUAUUUUAUUUACAUGUUCUUUUUUUUUUAAUUGUACUUAUCUCACUGUUCAAACAUAUGGCAUCUUUUUUAAGGUUAAGGAUGCAUUAAAUCAAUUAGACAUAUCAGUACAUACUUUUUUUUAAUGUUAAAAAGGUUUCUAAUAAUGAAAAAAAAUAAGAAAGAUAAUGAUGAGAAUCAUCUGACACAAAAAAUAGUGUAUUAAUAUAUAAAACAGAAAAAGUUUAUUUUAAAUUCUAAUGUUAGGUAUUACAUUAUUGAUACAAUUAUUGUAAAACAAUAUUUCUGUUUUUCUGUCAUUUUUAUUAGCCUCGGAGACCAUCUAAUUAAAAUUUUUACUAUAAAACAAAAAAUCUGUUU